AUGAGUAAGAAAAAAUUUCUCAAAAUAACGAUAAAAUCCAAUAGAUUUUUAACAUAUUCUGAAAAUUGUGCUUUAUCUUAAACUUAUUUAGAUAGUUUUAGAACAGUAUCCACUAUGUUAACGGGAAUAUUUAAAGGGUAUGUUUUAAAAAAGAACAAACCUUAUCUAAAAUAUGUAAUAAUGAUGGAUGUUAAAAGUUUUAAAAAUUAGUUUCUAAUUUUUUUAAAUUUCAUGACAUAAUUUGGUUCUUUAUUAAACCUUUUAAUAUUAGCUCGUCGUUACUGGAUACAUUUAAACUGUUUUAGAACUCUUUUAUGUUGCGACGAUGAAAAUUCUACCUGGAGCAAUAUAAUUAACGCAGACAAACAUGCUCUCAAUGAGACUACAUCUUUGUUGCGCGUUCUUUAUAGAAUAGUAAUUCCUACAAUGGUAAUCGGCGGGAUUUUUGGUAAUGUCUUAAUAAUCCUGGUGUUAUCCAGUCCGGUAAGCGCUCCAUUAAUGGGAAUGAGAAUGGUAUAUGAACAGCAAGAAGAUACCGGUACUCUCUUCACACUGCGUGCAAAUAUAUCCAUCAUUCGAAGUGCUUUAUGGAACGCGUACAUUUGGAUUAUGGAAGUCACGUUACGACUUUGUCCGACUAUAAUUCUUCUGCUCCUAAAUAGCUUCGUGGUCAAAAGAUUUUUGCAACUUAAUGCUAAAAAAAGAGAAUUCCAGUCGGUGUCAGAAAAGUUUCGUACUUUAAAUGUUCCUGAAACUUCUUUAUUGACCCGUAAUCGAGGAUACAGGGAAGAGCAAAAUUUAGCUACAUUAAUGUCGAUGAUGGCGAUAUGUUUUAUAAUAACAAUGAUCCCAUCAAUAUUGCUUGAAUUUGUAUAUUAUGAUUCUAAGACCGCAGACGGCGGUUACUUCUUAUUUCGAGCAUUUGCUGCUAUCACGGAGCUUUCUAACUUUGCUAUCCACAUUAUCAUAUACUUUAUAUGCAGUGUAGAAUUUCGGAAAGAAUUCUUCAAACUUCUUCAGAACAGAUGUAAGAAGAGUACAGUUGAAGAAGAUGUUGAAAGACCAAUAGGUGAAAUCGAAGAUUAUAGUCGACAUGGGACCACAGUCCGAUUAACACCGGAACAGACGAAGUUAAAUUCUCCAGCUUCUGCAAGUAAAUUGAAUCCUAUGGAAGAAGAUAAAGAAUCAGAAUUAAUCCUUAAUUAUGUGUGAGUUACCACCAGAAUUAACUACUAAGCCAUUAGCUCUUAUUGGCUUGACUGGUUUAGAUAUUGCAAAUCCUGUACAUCGUUCAAUUUGGGAUGCAUUUAGUAAUAAUCGCAGAUUAGAAAGUUCUGCCAUACAGUUUAAAUUACUUAAUUCUACUCAUGAAUUCCCUACAGUAAAACCUAAGAGAAACUCAUAUGAAUGGUAUAAACCUAAAGGAAUAUUGAAACGUAAUUGGAUGAAUAAAUAUCUUAAUGAAAUUCCAGCUGUUGUUGUUGUAUUUUAUAAUUUAGAUUGGAAUGAUCCACAGUGGAAUGAAAAAAAAAUGGAAUGUGCUUCUAGAGUACAAUCUCUUAGAAAUGCUUUGGAUGGAAGGACUACUAAAAUAGCUGUAGUACUUAUACAACACUGUACACAACCUCCACCUGGUUCUGAAGAUGCUAUUGCAACUGAACGUGCUACAGCUGUGUGUGGAGCAUGUGAACUAUCUCCAAAGUUAUUAUACAUUUUACCACAUGGAAAUCAUUUAUUAGGAUAUAUAUCUAGAUUGGAAAGUGCAUUAUAUGAUCUAGCACAAAAUUUUUAUCAUCAUGAAUAUCGUAUUGUCAAAGGGCAUAAAGAUCAACUUAAUAAAACUAUGGAAAAAAAUGCACACAAACAGCAUUUAUUUGUACGUCAUCAAUUUAAAAUGGCAUUUUUAAAUGAAUUAAAACAAGAUCAAAAUUUAGCCCAGAAGCAUUAUACCCAAGCAUAUAGUCACUUAUUGGAAAUACCAAUAACAGACAUAAAUGUAAUGGAAAUUACAACUGUUGCUUGUUUUAUAAAUUACAAAUUAUGUAAAGUAAUGUUCAACUUAAAUAUUCCUAAAGAUGCUAUAACACAAUUUAGAUUUCAUACUGACAGAUUUAAAACAUGGAUUGGUCCAAAAGAACUUAUAUUUGAACAUCAUGCUUGGAUGUGUAGUCAAUUUUCUACAUUUGCAGAACUGUUUGAUGAUGCUAUUCGACAGGGACUUCCUGCUGUCCAAACUCAGCAUCCUGGAUAUUACUUUCAGUCAGCAGCUCAUCAUGCAGGUUUAAGACAAGCAGCUUGCAAAGAACUUUGUCAGAAUGUUACUAGUUAUCCAGAUCCAGAUCCAUUAGCAGGGGAAGAGAAACUUGAAUUCUAUGGGCAACGACCGUGGCGUCCUGGAAAAUUGAGCGCUGAACCUAUAGACCUUGUAAAAGAAGCUCUUGCCAUUCAGGCUUUACAGUAUAAGGAAAAGUACACAGUUAACCAUUCUAUUAUUGAUGCACAUGUUGUGGGAAUAUCACGGGGAACGGUGGCCUGUCUUAAUUACAAAUAUCCUAAAGAACGCCUUGCGUGCAGCAUAUCUUUCCACAAGUAUUCAAGACUACAUUACCUUGGCAUUUGAAGCUUUGGGACCUUCCACUACGUUUUCGGAGGAUUUUAAAAGCACUGUUUAUAACAAUAUUCUUAGUAUUCUUCAUAAAAAACCACCAACUCCGGAACCUGAUUUACCCGAUGAUGUAAAAUGUCCCGCAGUAGAAAAAUGGAUAAUGGAACUUAAUAAGUCAGAACCAAUUGUUUUUACAAUUGAUGAUAAUAAUAUGAGUUCGUUUAUAGAAGUUAAAGCAAGAUUUUUGCAACCAAAGUAUGCUGUCAAUUCUAUGGUUACUACAGAAGUCAUUAUUAGAAAUUCAUAUAGUGAUACUGUUGAGUUUUCUAAAAUAACAAUAACAGUUAAUAGUCCAGGAUAUAAUUCAGAGUUUAUCAUUGCUGAUGCUGAACAUAACACUCUCGUAUUUCAUGGGAAAGAAAUGAAAAAAUUUCCUUAUCAAUUUGAAGCUCUGCAACAAAAUGAUAGUAGUGAAAUACAUAUUGCGACAAUCUCAUUGUAUAUGAAUAGUAAUAAAAUGUGUUGUAUUAUUUUGAGAUUUUCUGCUGUAGGAAGAGAAACAAAUUUUUUAAGUCAAUUGUAUCCUGAAAUACAACAACUUCGUAGAGGAGAAUUUGAAACAAUACAACCACUAAUCAGUGCUGAAAUAAAACAAGAAGAAUCUAAUCUGAAUAUAAGUGCUGAAUCUAACAAUCCAGCACUUUUAGGAGAAUGGCUUCCUAUUAAUAUAUCCAUUACUACUAAUGAAAAUAUAUCAACAGCAUUUUUAAAUAUAUCACUUAUGUCUGAUGGAGCAAAUGAACAGUCAACGGAAUUAAGUUUAACGAUGAACAAUAAACAAUCAGUAAUAUCAAUACCAAUUGAUAAUUUGGAAAAAGAUUGUGUUAUUCAUGAAACUGUAUAUUUAAGAGCUCACAAAGUUGGUGAUCGAGAUAUUCAUAUAAAGGUAGAGUACUCGAGAUCUAAACAAAUUAAAGGAUCAAAAGAAUUAAUAUAUUCAUUAUCAGUUACAAAGCCAUUUGAAAUAUCAACAUUAUUUUAUACCACACUUUUUGAAUCAUUAACAAAAGGUUUCAUUAAUGAACCAUUUAUAAUAAUGCCUCACAUUUCUUGUGUUUCUCCAUGGCCUAUAAAUAUUAUAAAUACUUCUAUAGAAUUGGGAGAUUCAAUAGAAAGAGAAAAUGGAGAUCAAACAAUAUCCGUUUUAAGUGGUAUUACACUUUCCGAGAAUGAAACAGGUACAGAUGCAUAUUGCUUGAUACCAAAAGUAGGUGGUGAACAACCUAUUAGUACAGGAGUCUAUACCAUUAAAUGGAAACGUGCAAAUGAUAAUAAUGCAUUACAAACCAGCAGUAGUGUUACUUUAGCUCCUUUAAGUGUUGAGGAUGCAGUGAUUGGUUUGGAAGCUAAAUUACCUGCUCAUGGUUGGGUCCGUACACCGUUAUUAAUAUCGUAUUUUAUAAAAAAUCAUUCUGACAAUAUAAUUACAUUACGAUUGACUAUGAAAGCUAGUGAUGCUUUUAUGUUUGCUGGACAGAAACAAAUCGAUAUUUACAUACUUCCGAAAAAUGAAAGAAAAGUUGAAUGGAUUUUACGACCAUUGGUGGCAGGUUUUGUACAACUUCCGUCAUUGUCUUUAACAGUUCCCGCUGCCAACAUCACAAACUCUAGAAGAAUAAAUAAAAUAAUAUAUGUAGAAGGAAAAUACUAUGAGAGGAAGGAAUUUUGUUCUUUUAAAAACAUAUUUUAUUGAGUCAGAAAUACAUUCUCUAUAUGUACAUACUUAAACAUAAGAUAUAUAAGAUUAUAAGUACCAAUUUGCUAAAUAUAAUUCGUUUAAGUAAAGUUUAAGUUCCAAAUGUAAUAAAGAAGAGUCCCUUAUCCUUUAAUGCAUAUUCGAUUUCAACAUAUAUAUACAUACAUUCAUUGACGCGGGCAUAUUGAUUUAUGUUACCAUAUGUACUUACAUUUCUAUAGAAACCAUAUCUGUUAAAAUACAUUACAUAUACACAUAAAUUACAGUAUAUUAAUAAUUCGUUAAAAAUUGAAAAUUUAGUGAAUAAAAUGAUGGAUUAUAAAUAUAAAGAGUGUAAACAAUAAUAUUAAGAAUGUCCGAUAACAAUCACAUGCAUAAUACUUUGAAACAAGAUGAAAACCAUCUGGAAGAAUUGCUGACGCCUAUUUUUCGUAUAAACUCGGAGGAAUCAUUGGCUCGUAAUCGAAAAUUCUUAAAGGUACGAUAUUAUUAUUAAAAUUACUUCAAUGUUAUAAAUAUUUUACGAUAGAAUCUUUUAUACUUCGUCUUUUAUAUUACAUAAUAAAUAGUUAACGUAACAAGGAAAAUCUUGCAGCAUACUAUAUUAAAAAAAGUCAUUUAAAAAUAGGAUCUGGAACUUGUAAAAGCACGCUUGCGAACUUACGCUGCAUAUAGUCCGACUGAUCGAGAAUUACAACAACGUGCAAUGGAAUAUCGCAAACACCUCCAGAAGUACAACAUAUAAAAUUUCACUUCAUAACAAAUCGAUUUUCUGUUGCGUGCGAAGUACAUUCUUUCAGUUUGAUAACUCGAGCCGAACGAACAAACUUUCAAAUGAAAAGUUUGUUGAUCGUUAGGAUCGAUGCAUCAUACUGAUAAUUCAAACGGUAGUAUUAAACUGACAAAAAAUAAAAACAAACUAAAUGUUGUCAUAAGAAUCUAUAUUACUUAGUAACAUGUUAAAAUAAAAUAUUUGAUCACUAUAGUUACGUAAUUUUAUAGAACAAAGAAAACACAUAUACUUACGCCACGAUGAUGAUCUACUACGAAGAAUUCUAUAAUAGAGACGAAUAGUUUUUAUAGGAAUACGAAAAGAGAACGCGUAGACAAGUACGAACGGUAUUCACCUGUAGAAAUGGAAUAUUCACGUUCAUUUUUUACGUGUGACGGCAUUAUCAUCGCUCGUAAUUACUGACACGUAGAACGUGUAUGUACGAUAGGAUAAGUUCGUUUCAGAAGUUACCUGAUAACGACCUAAACCAAUAAUUUGACGAAAAGCUAUACAAUAUUUCAACGUUAAAUUCCAUCCAUAAAUACAAAUUUAGGAUUCGAUUUUUGUAAAAAUAUUAAAAGAUAUUAUCAUUACGUAUAUUAUUAUAUGUAAAAUACUACUAUAUUAAAAUUUACGAUUACUAUUUUCGUUAAAUAAUAAACUUGUAUUAGAUUUCAAAAUUAUAAUUCGUAAGAUAUUUUAAAACAUUGAUUAAUACCUUAAUUCUUGCCGUUGAUAAGGCAUAAAUAUUUUUUUAUAAAUUAAUCGUUUUAUACGGAACAAAAAUUUAAAAAGAACUAACAUGUAUUACUACACUGAAUAAAGUAUCAAUAUAUAAUUUUAUAUUUCUACGUCGUGUUACUUACCAGCUGAGUAAAUAAGUUGACAUUGAAACUUAGUUUGACCAUUAUAGGUAGCCUAAAUACAUCUGUAUCAAUAAUAUCUUUAUCUCUCUGUAUCAUUUUCUUUGUAAUUUGCAUUGAUAACGCAAUUCUUAAUAACUCGAGAAAAAAUUAAUAAUUUAAUUUUUAUGAGAGAAAUGAAAUAAUGAACUUUUCCUGAUACUUCUUACAAUCAUUUAUUACAAUAAAUUAUGAACAAUUCACUUUUUAAAAAUAAAUUACAUUUCUAUUACUAAAGUCAUCCCUUUGUAAAAUUUUGAAAAUAAAAUUAAUAUAAGAAAAAACGAAAAGACAGUAUACAUCGUUUUGAGGUCAUUUAUCACCAAGUUAUACAUAGAAACGUAAACCGGUAUAUGCAUUCAUUAGCAAAACGUUAAUGCAUUAUCGCUGUUAGAUACCAAACGUAAUACUCAUUAAAAUAAUAAUAUACCACUAUAGAAACAUACUAUAGAAACGUUCAUUGGCCUUGUAAAUACAUUUAUUUUUGAGAUAUUAACUUAUGACUCAUUUUUAAAGAAAUUGGAAAAAGAAAAGCAGUUUUGUCUAUAAUCAGUAGAAUAGUAACAAUAUUAAAAUGUUAGUUGGAAUGGUAUUUUGUUCUAAAUUGUGAUAUGUAAUCACUUCUUAAUUUAUUAUUGUGUAAAAAUGGAAGAAUUUGAUGCAAUGAAAAAAUAUAUUAUUUUUUUAUUAUUAUGUUAAAAAAAUAUGUAGUACGAUUUUAAUAAAUAAUUUUUUGUAUAUAUUCAUCACAUCAAAUAUUUUAUGAAAUCGUUGUACUUGUAAUAAAUUAAAUCCAUUGAUACGAAGCACAAGUAUUGUGGAAGUACAUAAGUUUAGUACAUUUUCAUUAUCUGUACAUAAUACAUACAGAAUAUAUACACGUAUUGAAAUGUUUAAAUUAAAUAUUAAAUAUCCUAUAUAUGCAGCUAAUAUAGCUUGCAUAAAACUAAUUUUUACUAGUUUAACUGCUACUUACUUUCACAGUUUAUAACUAAAACCAUUUUAUCAUUAAGUACAUAUGAAAUUGUUAAUUAUAGGUGCGAUUCUUUCAGGAUUAUUUAAAUGUACAUGAUGAGUCCCUUCUACUUUAUGAUAUUCAAAUUUUUUAGCACCUAAUUUUAUUUGAUCUAAAAUCUUCUCAUAAUAUUCUGGAUAAUCAAAUUUCAUUCCGGGUACGGCACGAAUAUUAAGAUAAGCGCAUUUUAUCCGAGCUGCAUAUGCAAGCACUAGAUCCAAAGAUAUCAUACCCAAAAUAGAAACCUUCAAUCGUGGAUCACGUGAAAAAUAAUAUCGCUCAGGUUCACUGGCAGGUCGUAAGCCACGUUUCAUUAAUAUCACUGCGCCUUCUUUAGUUAUGGAACCUUUAUAAGCAUCUUCAACAAUUUCAAGCACUUCAUCAUAACUAUAGGAUGGAAUACCAUCGGAUUGUAGCAAUUCAUAUUUUAAAAAUUUGUCAAUAUUGUCACAAGUUACAAGAGGAGUUUUUGUUAUGUCUUUUACACUGGGACUUGCAAUAUCUAAACUUAUCAUGAAUUCUACUUCAUCAGGAUAAGAUGCAGCAUAUAAAAAUGAUAUUGCUCCUCCUAAGGAAUGUCCAAGUAAUCUCACCUAUGUCCAUUUGAAAUAUUUGACAAUUCUACGUAGUAGAAUAAUGCCAUCCCAAUAAACAUAAUAGUACUGACUCUUUGGAUAAUGGGAAGAUAAACCAUGACCAGGCAUAUCCAAACAAAGCACUGAAAUCUCAUUACUUAAUAAAGGAAUCAAAGUGUCAAAACUGCCAGCAUUAUCUUGUCGUCCAUGUAAUGCCACUAUUGGUUGAAUCCCUUUGGGACCCCACCAUUUGCCUUGUUCCAUUUAUAAUAUUUAGCAAUUCUACGUAGAAUGAUUAGCCCAUCCCAAAUUACAUAAUAAAAUUGUCCAGUAGGAAGAUGCGAAGAUAAACCAUGACCUGGUAAAUCUAUAGCUAGAAUGGCUAGAUUUGGUGGUAGUAAUGGAAUUAAUUUAUCAAAUGUUCCAGCAUUAUCUUGCCAGCCAUGCAAUGCCACAAGCGGUUGUCGAUCAAUUGGUCCCCACCAUUUGCCUAAAUUUAUCAUUAUUGUACUAUGUAUGUACAUUGUGUUUAUUUAUAUUUUCAGUAGGAGCAUUGGUUUUUUCAAUUAUUGUAUUCAUUUGGAUAAUGAUAAAAUACUGGUAAUUCUUCAAAAUUUGUUAAUUAUAUAUAAUCAACCACAAAUCUUAUUUCCUUUGUGCAAACUUUGUAAGAUAUAUGAAAUUAAUAUUUGUGCUAUAGUUUAAAUAAUAAUAUCACUUAUUUUAUUUUAUUUAUAUUUUUCUGGACUGCUUGUUCUUAUAAAAAUCUUCUUAAUAAUUUAAAAUUUAUUUUAUUAUCAUGUAUAGAUAAAACGUUUAAAAUAUUGUUAAGUGUAACAAAAAAUUAUUUAAUUUAAUAUUAUAUAAUUUUUACGAUCAUAUAUAUAUAUAUAUAUAUA